GACAGACAGACAGACCUCCUGGUGCCCGACAAAAUGUGGCUUCGAGAGGAGCUUUUGAAAUCCAUAUGGCACGCUUUCACAGCCCUGGACGUGGAUCAACGUGGAAAAGUUUCCAAAUCUCAGUUAAAGGUGUUGUCUCACAACCUGUGCACAGUGAUGAAGAUCCCUCAUGACCCCGUGGCCCUUGAGGAGCAUUUCAAAGAUGAUGAUAAAGGGCCUCUGUCCAACCAGGGCUACAUGCCGUACCUCAACAUGUUUAUUCUUGACAAGGUACGGCAGGAGUUUGACAUAAUGGAGUUCAACAAGAUGUGCUGGACUCUGUGUUGCAAGAAAAAUAUCAGCGCUAAACAGCUACUAAUCUCAGAUAAUGAUGCUUUCAAAGUCUGGUGCAUUUUCAACUUUCUGUCGGAAGAUAAAUACCCACUCGUCAUCAUUACUGAAGAGAUUGAGUACUUCCUGCGAAAGCUGACGGAGGCCAUGGGGAGUGGAUGGAGUGAGGAGAAGUUUGCAGAUUACAAGCUGCAGCUGAACACAAAGCAAAACUGCCUGACUGUGUGGGAGCUAAUUGAACUGCUGGGGAUGGGUUACUUCAGCAAGGGCAUGAACCCUCAAACCCUUUCCAUGGGCAUCACCGAGGUCUUUCUGGAAUUCAUCAUGGAUGUGCUGAAGCAGGGCUACAUGAUGAAAAAGGGCCACAAAAGGAAGAACUGGACCGAGCGCUGGUUUGUCCUUCGACCCAGGUCACUGUCAUACUACGUCUGUGAGGAUCUGGUGGAGAAGAGAGGGGACAUCAUCCUGGACCAAGACUGCUGUGUGGAGUCUCUGCCGGACAAAGAAGGGAAGAAAUGCCUGUUUAUUAUCAAGUGCGCCGAUAAAAGCUUUGAGAUCAGCGCGUCAGAUAAAAAGAAAAAGCAGGAGUGGAUUCAAGCUACUCAAACGUGCAUCCAGCUGCUCAGGUUGGGGCUGUCGUCUCCGCACCGCGAGGCCCGGCUGAGGCGCAGGGAGCUCCGGCAGAAGCAGCAGGCGGAGGAGGAGGACCUGGCGGAGAGGAUGAAGCAGCUCCAGGUGGCCAGUGAAAACAAACAGAGACAGCUGGAGGCUAUGAGGAAGAAAAUGGAAGAGGCUGCGGAAAGAGCAGCAAUAGAGGAGCACAGGAGGAAGAAGACUCAGGUAGACCUGCAGGACCGCUACAGACUGGACCUGGAGAGAGAGAAAAUGGUGCGUCAGCAGAUGGAGGAGCAGGUGGCUCAGAAGUCCGGUGAACUGGAGCAGUACCUGCAGCGCGUCCGGGAGCUGGAGGACAUGUACCACCGGCUGGAGGAGGCCUUAGAGGACGAGAGGCAGGCCAAGCAGGAUGAGGAGGCGAUGCGCAAGCUGCAGGCCAGGCUGCUGGAGGAGGAGGCAGCAAAGAGGGCGGAGCUGGAGCAGAUGCACCUGCAGCAGCAGAGGGUGCUGUCGCGGACCGAGGCCGAGAAGCAGGAGCUGGUGGCCGAGCGGCUGGCCAAGGAGAGAGACCUGCAGGCGGCCAUGCUGCAGCUGGACAGCCUGGAGAGGGAGCGGCAUGGAGCUCUGGAGCAGUAUGAGAAGGUGUCGAGGAAGCUCGAGCGAGCAGCAAACAAGACAAAGACUUGGAAGGACAAGGUGGCCAAACAUGAGGGGCUGGUGCGUCUCAUCCAGCCAGGUCAUAAAGGACCUCAGAGGAUCACUAACUGGGGCCCGGCUUCAUUCACUGACGCUGAGCUGGAGCUGAGGAAGAAGUCGUGGCAGGAGAGGAAGAACCAGGGGGCCGAGGCUCAGUGAACGCUCGCAAUGAGGAAGACUCGAAUAAUGCCAGAGCCGAACUGUGAAGAGGUUUGAUAACACAAACUCACCGAGCCUCGCGAUACAGUUUUUAUUCCACUUUUUUUUAAUUUUCCUUUCUGAAUUUACGUGCUAUGUUUAAUAUAACUACUUUGCAGUUUUUUCAUGUUUUUUUUUUUUUUUUACAUAAAUGUAUCAUAAUGUAAACUAGGAUAAAUAAGGAGCUGUUUACUGAUAUCCUGCAGGGUGUAACAGUAGAUACAUGUUCAACUCAAGCUCAGGUUCUCAGCUGAAGUUGACUGAAUUGCGUCCGUUACAGUCAUAACUAAGAAGAUUAAAAACAUCAUAGAACACCACCUAUUUUAUAUUAAUGUGGGCGGGUAGUUUCAUUCAGGUACCUCCUUCAGAAGAGGCUGUUUACAA